AUGGAAAGCCAGUCGGCGGCGGAAGUCACCGAUGGUUGCCGGGUUGACGUCGAAGAGACGCCGUGUCCUUCACCGUCUCGAGACCAUGCAGUGAGCACCGCAUCAGCAUGCACGGAAUCGACAGAAACAGCGCCGUCCGGCUCUCAAGACCGUUACUCAGGCGAGCAAGGCAUCGAAAUUCUGAACCCGGAACUCAUACGGCUGAUCUUCGGAUACCUCGACGUACAGAACCGGGGACGCAUGGCGCAAGUGUGCACCGCCUGGAAAGCUGUGGCCGACGAGCCCUGCAUCUGGGUGAACGUCGAGGCGCGGCUGAGGCUUUCCGAGAGCUGUGCACCGGUGCUGGACUGCGUCGCUCGACGGGGCAUUCGGCGAAUCAAGGUGCUCAGCUACAAGGAAGACCAGGUGGCGCAACUAUUGCGGGCACUGCCGGACAUCCGGUGUCUCGAUUUGUCCGACAACUAUAGCGUGAACAACAACGUCAUCCUGGGGGCGUUCAAAGACACGACGUACGAAUCAUGCACCGUUCUGAAUCUGAGCUGGUGCCCGCAAAUCGACGACUCAGCGAUAGAUUGCCUCAGCAGCCGGCUUCCGAAUUUGGAGGAGCUGUACUUAGUUGGAUGCGACCACAUUGCCGAUUCCAGCAUGGGCUUCAUCGCCGCCAGGCUGCCAAAGCUCAGGGUGCUCGAUAUUAAGGAAUGCGAAGUGUCCAACGCUGGCCUGCAAAGACUGGCGGGAUUCGGCGAAGACGGUGUGCUAUCGACCACGCUCGGCGUGAAAGCGCUUACACAUUUGGGCCUUGAGGACUGCACGCUCGUUUCCGACUGCCGGCUUGGAGUCCAUCAGCUUGGGCUUGGUCCAGCUGUCGAGCUUGGAUCUCACCUGGAUCUCUCUUACUGUAACCACAUUGAUGACGACGCCAUUUCAAAUAUCUCGCGUGGUUCGGGGCUGGUUACUCUGACCACGCUCAACAUCACCGCCUGUCCCAUCACGGACGUCGGCGUCUCCUUGUUGGCGCAGAAGCUGACCGACCUGAGGACGCUGAACAUUUCCGAGUGUGAUCUGGUCACCAAGGAUGGCAUCGCCGUCGUGGCUUCGCAUCUGCACAAUCUACGCGUCAUUCACAUGAGGUACUGCAUGGGCCUGACUAACAUUGCUCUGAAGCACUUGUCUCGCAUCUCUAGCCUGGAGGUGGUGGUACUGAAGAGCUGCAGCAAGAUAAGAAGCAAGGCAAUGGCGUUCAUAGCACCCGGUAAAACGCCGUCGAACAUCGUGGAACUGGACGGGAUGCAGAAGUUGCGCGUCCUGAACUUGAGUGGCUGCAUGGUGGGCGACAAAGGAAUCGCUCGCAUCGCGCGCAGCCUGAGCAGCCUGUGCACGCUGAAGAUCGCGCGCUGCCAGGAGAUCAGCGACAACGGCAUCAAGGCGAUCGCCUGCAACCUGAAGAAGCUGAAGGCCAUUGACAUCAAGGGUUGUCCGAGGACCACGUCAGCCGGAAGGAGGUGUCUGGUCGCCAGGUUGCCGAACCUGAAAUUUCUCUGA